AUGCCCACUGCUCAGCGGAACGUCCAGCGCCGAAUGCGUCCUGAAAUUUCGAUGUUUAUCCGUGAGACCAUCUACCCGAAAUUGGUUGAUCAUGCGAGCAUCAUUGAUCUCCCGGAUGUUGUGGGAAUGCGGAAGAAUCUCUUCUGGCUUGAUCAUGACAACCUUGAGACCGGUCAACACUCCGAGAUGCAUCAUAAGUCACAUUCCAAUGUCUGGGAGGGGGACAUGGUGCAUGCCCUGGUUCGCCAUAUUGUCCGUCAGGGAGAGUAUAGCAGCACCGACAUCACCGUUUUGACCCCGUACACGGGUCAACUUCAAGCACUUCGUUCCGCAUUACGAGCCGACUUCGAGAUCGUGCUCAGUGACCGUGACCAAGAUGUCCUGGAGAAGGAUGGGUUCAACAUCGCGGCCGCCAGUACUGGUAGCGAGGGGCAUGUUGAUCCGUCUGGCCAGAGGAAAGCAACAUUGGAGAAGAAGACAUUGAGCGAUCUGCUUCGGGUAGCAACUGUCGACAACUUCCAGGGCGAAGAAGCCAAAGUUGUCAUCGUGUCCCUGGUCCGGAGCAACAAGGAGAAAAAGGUCGGGUUUCUAAGGACCACAAAUCGAAUCAAUGUUCUCCUCAGUCGUGCUCAACAUGGCAUGUAUCUCAUUGGCAAUGCGGAUACUUACUCGAACGUACCUAUGUGGCAAAAGGUCAUCGAUAUGCUUCGAGCCUCGGAUUCUGUCGGUAACGACUUGGCACUUUGCUGCCCGCGACAUAAGGCCACGCCUAUCCAAGUGUCAGCGCCGGAAGAUUUUCCCAGGCUGAGUCCUGAAGGUGGUUGCCAGCUCUGCGGCGAGACAUGCCCCAAAGACUACUGUCAGCAAUGCGGCUUGAAGCAGGAUGCUCGAGUUGACCUUCUUGAGAUGAAAGCCUAUGCCGAAAUCGACGUCAACGAAACUCCCAUUGUCGUCCUCGGAUGCGGCCACUUCUUCACCGCAGAAAGUCUUGAUGGCGUGGUAGGAAUGCACGAUGUCUAUGUGACCAACAACUCAGGCCAGUUCUCUGGGCUCGCCGACAUUUCGGGUGCUCUAGCCAUCAAAAUCCCUCAAUGUCCAGACUGUCAAUGUCCGGUGAGACAAUAUGUCACACAACGAUACAACCGAGUCAUAAACAGAGCUGUGAUUGACGAGAUGUCAAAGCGGUUCUUGGUGAAUGGCAAGACGGAAUUGGGACGACUGGAAAUCCAAGUUGGAAAACUCGAGAAAGAACUCGAGACAUCGCGACCAGACAUCACACAUCCUAUCGAAUCAGCCACUGAAAAGGCUUUGAUAGGACUUGCAAAGAGCAAUACUGCCAACCGAAUCAAGAGUCGAUACGUUACAGCUCUAUCAUUGAACAGAAAGAUCAAUUCUUUCCUCCAACAAGUCGCCGACCGCCACCAACCCGCUCAUAAGCUCCACGAGGCCACAAUCCAUGCCAGCCGGGCAAGCAGAUCAAAGUCUAACCUUGAGGAGGCACCGGCUUCAUUAAGGAUCGACCCUGCAGCAAUUCCAGUGGAGCGAGACCGGCGCAUCACGCUCGGCGGACGAACACUCCAGAUCGAAGUUGACUAG